AUGAGCAGUGUCAUACAAGAUGCUUCUCUUCACAAAGAGGACCUGGUUGCCAGGCAGCUUUACCAGAAGGCAUUGAAACUUGGUCAGCAACUCAACAUCACGCUCUCUAAAAGCAGCAAUACCAACCAAGAUGUUUUCAAACCCUAUAGUCUCACACUAAGGAAUCGGAUUGAACAGCUUUGCAUUAAGAUUAUGUUUCUGAACCCAGUGCAAUAUGGAGAGAAAGCAGAAGAACUCCUAUGGAUAAAUGUGUAUUAUAAUAUCAUCCUGCUAAUGUUUAAGAAUAGAAUACAUCAUGUUAAUGUCAGUGAUGUUGACUUGAAAACACACUUGGAAAAAGGAAUCAUGUUUUACCAAAAUCUUCUCUUCUUCCUUCAAGAACAUUAUGAGCUACAACCUGAAAGCAAUGGAACCCACAGAAAUAUUAUAGACUGUAGGCGAGUAGUGCUUGCCUCAGAGAAGGAAGUGGAGUGGGCCCGAAUGGCCUGUUAUCGCUGUCUGUUAUAUUUGGGAGACCUGUUUCUCUUUCGGAGUCGUAUUAGAUGCAGGAAUUUUAAGCAGCUGGCUAUAAAUCAUUAUUUUCAAGCUUUGUCUAUGGCCCCACAUAUGGGGAGCCCUUAUAAUCGGCUAGCAAAUGUAACUGGUGAUAACUAUUACCAUAUAAGUGCAGCUUUCUUCUACCAGUGUAGUAUCCAGUCAGAAGUGCCUGCUAGGGAUGCAUCCUUUUAUCUUAGAAGUUUAUAUGUCAAGGCUGUGGAAAUGUACAACCAGAUGAUGACAUCGUCAGGACAGGAGAGGUGUGAACCCAAUAAAAGACUACUAGUGAGCUUCUUGUACCUUCAGAACUUCCUGCAGCCUGACAGCUGUAUGGACCCCAGACUGGCUCUGUUGUCUCAGUCCAUACUGGAGGACUUCCGUCUCUACCUCUCCAGUGAGAUCAAAGGGGAGCACAAAAAUGGCUUCUCCCUACCAGACCAUGUCAUCUUUCACAUGGUCACUUUAUGCAUCAUGAGUGUGUACAGCUUGAAGAAGGCUGUGGGGGUUUCUCAGAGCAGGGCUGCCAUCACCUUUAUUUUAGUGUUACUCUCUCAUCUUGUCCAUCAUAUGAAUAUAAGCAUCCAGUCAGAGUUGGAUGGAGUGAAUGUCCAGAAGAAAAAAUCAGCCUUUCUAGCCCAUGAUUUUGAUUUGAGUGCCUCUCUGGAUAAUUCUCAGUAUGCCUCCUCCCCUGAAGGUUCUUAUGAUUAUAUUUCAGGAGCUUCAGAAAAUGACAGUGACCAAAGCCAUAUUUCAUUAGAUAAGAAUGAUGAUUGGGAAGAGGAAAUAUUCCGUUUUAGCAGUUUUACUUCAGACUCCUCCAUGGAGAAUGGAGUUAGCCCCCCACUAAUUCUAGAUAAGCAUCUGGAGUUAAGAGACAGUUCAAGGUCUCAAGCUCUCUUAAGGGGUAGUCAUAAAUUCCAAACCUCACAAAAUACCCUAAGGAAGUCUUGCUCAGAGUUUAGAGCUGUCACUAGUAAGAAGCAUCUAGAGUGUGACAAACUUAGGAACACAAGGAAAAGAGGGCUUAGUAGGAAGGCCUAUCUUAAAGGAAAGCUCAGGAAAAAGCUUUGCUGUUUCGCUACUCAGAAACUGUUCUACACCAUCAAAGUGUUUCUGGACUGGCUUUGGAUUGAUCCAGAUCUCACUUUGGAAUGCACACAUAGCUCUCCAAGGUUGUGGAGCCACCUGGCUGUAUUGCUGAAUUUACUGCCCACCAUAGAAGAAUAUCAAGAAGCCCACCUUAGUUUGUCCAGUCACAUUUGGGACUUGGUAUUGAUUAGUGAGAAAUCAGACCUCCCCAUCUCCCUGCUGCUCCCUGAGGAUUCACGUAUAUGUAAUCUCUUGCCAAUGAAGGCAGCCCGCAAAUCAAUUUGCUUUAUGCAGGUCCCACCUCUCCUUGACCCCUUAGAGAAAGGUGUUUUGUAUACUUGCUUCCUGCGCAGCUUUGGACACUUUGCUGCCCAGCUGGAUGAUAGCCUCCUCAGAUUCUUCCCCAGCCUGGGCAUCUUCAGAAGCAUAGUUUCAACUAAGUGCCCCCUGAAGAGACAGAACAAAGCUUCAUUAAAUAUCUUAGUGAAGAAGACUGCGACUCAGCAACUAUUCUAUCCAGAAUUGUCUUUUGUGUAUGCUGAAAGGCAGUUCCCUCUUUAUCUGGUUCCUGACACCCAAGCACUCUGUCAGUAUGUGCCAAUCAUCCAAGAACUUAUCAUGAAUGACAGUUUUAUUGUGAUUAUCUCUAGCAUUGUUAUUGAUGAACUAAUUUUCCUGAAACACAAAGAACCUGGAGCUUGUGCUGUCAUCAGUUUAUUAAUGGACAAGAUGAAGGAAAAAAGUCACCUAUGUUUUCAAACAAAUGCUGGGAAGGAGGAUGUAAAAUCCAGCAUGAACAGGGAAAACCCUGAAGCAAGUGACUUGAAUAAGAUUCUGGAGCAAUGUAAAGACCUAGUGAGGGGACCCAAGUCUGAUGUUAAUGACCGUAGCCACAGGAUGAAUAUCCUUACAAGUAUCAUUGUGAAUAAUCCCAAUACUUUUUGUCAUCCCCUAUUGUCAGAUUUUCAGACUUCUGCCAGUAUUUCAGUAGAAAUCAAACACAUUCUACAGUUCUAUAGAGAAUGGAAGAUGAUCAAGAUGCUCAAUCUCUGGCAAAUAGUAAAUAUCAAAUACUUUGUGACUGAUUUGAGCUUGACAGUUAUCCACUUGAGACUUAUUCUGAUAUCUUCAUCUGAAAAUGCCUCAGGUGACUCUUCCAGCAUCGGCACAUCUGACCAGUCAGACCUGCAAGAAUAUGUUCAAAUUGAAAAAAAAAGUGUUGAUACAACUCUUGAACUCAAGAGGCCUGAAGCUAAGAGACCUGAUCCUAGGGGGGCGGCAGGUACUGAAUGCUCAGGUGGAGAAGUCCCACAAAAGGCAGAAGAUGAAACCACAGUUGAAAGGCCUUAUUCUGAAUAA